CACUUCCUCAGUCCGGUGUUCAGGUGGGCUAAACUUCACUCUCCCGAGGCUGUUGCCUAACUUCAACCGCGUCUGUCCUUCGCUAUGUUUUCUUCCCUCACACUUUAACGGAAGCCCAUGGUCUUACGGAGAAUCCCGAAACAUGGCGUGUGCCGACCCGGAGAGCCACUUGUGGACGGUUCCGCUCGUCGCGCUGAAUAUGAACGUGAGGAAAAAGUUGGGACUGUAUCUGAACCCUAAGAACACCGUGGCCGCUGACUGGACGGCUGUUGCAGAGGAAAUGGGCUUCUCUUACCUGGAGAUAAAGAACUACGAGGUGUCCAAAAGCCCCACUAAGAUGGUUCUGGAGGACUGGCAGGCCCGGAACUCUGGAGCGACGGUGGGAAAGUUGUUAUCAAUCCUCCGGAAGGUGGAGAGAGAAGACAUUGUGGAGGACCUCCGACCUCUGAUAGAUGAAGAUGUCAGGAAGUAUUGUGAGAAUCAGAAGAAGCAGCCUCCACUUCAGGUUCCUGAGGUCGACAGCUGUGUCCCUCGCACCCCAGAGAGGUCUGGAAUCACCGUGGACGACGACCCUGAAGGCGCUCCUGAGAUGUUUGAUGCCUUCAUCUGCUACUGCCAGAGUGACUUUACGUUUGUCCAUGAAAUGAUCCGGGAACUGGAACAGACGGAGUACAAGCUGAAACUGUGUGUGUUCGACAGAGAUGUGCUCCCGGGCUCCUGCGUGUGGACCAUCACUAGUGAACUCAUUGAAAAGAGGUGUAAGAGGAUGGUGGUUGUGAUUUCUGAUGAAUACCUCGACAGUGACGCCUGUGACUUUCAGACCAAGUUUGCCCUCAGCCUCUGCCCUGGUAAAAAAGAUUUUGACCCAGGAGCUCGAAGCAAACGCCUCAUUCCUGUCAUCUACAAGCCAAUGAAAAAGCCGUUCCCCAGCAUCUUGCGCUUCCUCACCGUGUGUGACUAUACCCGGCCUUGUACACAAGCCUGGUUCUGGAUACGGCUUGCCAAAGCUCUCUCACUGCCAUGAUCAUGAACCAGGGCAGUUGAUCAUGUUUUAAAGUGCCUCUUUUUUUCCAUGCCGUCGAUUACGUCUGACAAUGGCCAAAUAUUACAGGUUUAAUUAUGUGCUAUUUUUUUCAAUCCACAUUCUGCUGACUUCAGAAACUACCUGUAAUUUUACUGUGUGGACAUAUUAUGUACUUUAAUGCUUCUGUUUGCCGACACAGAUUUCUGUAAAUUAUAAUAAUGAACCUCAAGUUGCACAAGAGUGCUAGAUAUCCGCAUAGUUCUCACUGCACAGAGCAUUGCUAAGUUAACACUGUAGGUUGUGCCUGCUACUAUUUUGCAUUAUGUUUUUUUUUUAUUGGUGUGGAGGAUCUGUUUAUAUUCAAGGCAGUGUGUACUAAAUGUUCUGUAAAAGCUCUCUUUUUUGUGUUGCCUACUUCCUCAUAUGAGUCAACAUCUAGAUGAGAUUGAAGCUAAAGAGGAAGCGAUAAUGUGACUGCGAUACUUUCACAUGUGCAGUUUUACUGACAGCUGACAUCUGCCUUUUCUCUCUUUCACUUUGUUUGUCAACACGGUGUCUUUGCAUUUGAUUUUGUGUUCUUGACAUUUCAGAAACUGUUUUCGUAAAAUUUUAUUCUGUCUUGAACAAAUGGUAUGAACGGAAAUCCUUAAAAUAAAUGUGCUACACUUUUAGGGGGAUUUUUGUUUUUUUUAAAAAGCACAUGUACAGGUAAGAAAGCGGGAUGUGUGCUUUGGUUCUCCAGCAUGUCGUUGUGCAACUCCUGCAGGUUUUAGAAUACACCAGCAGAGGUCUCGCUAAUUUAAUGCUGAAAAUGGUAAAGUGCGCUUGAGAGUAAACAUCCAAUCACAGUGCAGGAGACGUGAUAUUGUCCAAUCAGAGAGCAGAAUGUUCCUGGAGCGGCACGCCUCUUUUCACAGAACUGAAAGUAGGAUUUUGUGUGCCCUAAUUUUUGCCUGUCAGGUAGAACUUCUCAACCUGAUAGACGCGUAUGCAUACCAUAUCAAUCGAAUAAUUCUAAUAAAGGAAGGAUUAUGA